CAAGUAAAAUCCCAAUUAUAAAAACAAUUCACACUCUCACUCCCAUCUCCGCUAUCAAACCUUAGCCACCAAACCAUGGGCAAGUCCCUCGCCGCCCUCUUCGGCGGCGGCGGCGGCAACUCUAAGAGGAUCUCCAAGCUCAAAACUCUCCUUAGCCUCACCGUGGCCCGCUCGGCCCUCCUCAAGAACCAGCACCAGGCUCGUUGCAGCAUGGCCCACUCCGACAUAGCCCAGCUUCUUAGUCUGGCCCGCUCCGACCGGGCCCUCCUACGUGCUGAGAUUGUAGUCAAGGAGGAGAACAUGCUCGAUGUGUUUGCCGUCGUUCAGUCUUAUUGCCACCUUAUCAUAGAAAGAUCAUCACUACUCCAUCGCCAAAAGGACUGUCCUCAGGAGUUGAAGGAGGCUGUAUCGAGUUUGAUAUACGUGUCGUCGAGGUCAGCGGAGAUGCCGGAGCUCCAGCGCGUCUGCAGCCUUUUCUCGGCCAUGUUCGGCAGGGAGUUUGUUCGUGCAGCCACCGAGCUCAGGAAUAGCUGCGGUGUUAAUCCGAAGAUUGUGCAAAAGUUGUCGACCAGGCAACCGAGCCUGGAGAGCAGAGCGAAGAUUAUCAAGGAGAUCGCCGCAGAAAAAGGGAUCACUCUGGAUCUCAGCUUUGAGGAUUCAGAUGUUGCUAAGACGGAUCCAAACUCGGCCAAAAACAUGAACCUCAAGCAUCCGGUCAGUAAUUUAGGCCUUGAUUCUACCCAGCCAGUUAGUAAAUCAGGUCGUGAUUCCUUGUCAGGGAGGCCAAUGCACAGUUAUAAGGAUGUGGCAAGCGCAGCUCAGGCUGCAUUUGAGAAGGCGGAGGAUGCAGCAGCCGCAGCUAGGGUUGCGGUGGAGCUGUCCAGAUCUUCAGGAUCCUCAUUUGAAGAUCACAACAACAGAAAAGAUGAUACUGAGAAGAAGAAGUGUGGUGAGAACAACUUGGACAAGGGAAAGGUGCACCCUGUUCAAUUCUACGCUUCAGAAUCAGAGGAAGAAGAUGAAGAUGAAGUGCUUAAUGCUGAUACACAUAGAGAAAUGAGUGACGAUAACGAGAUUAAGCCUGGCCUUAGCUCGGGUUUUAGUGAGCCACCUUUGCCAGAAAAGAAGCUGCCUAAAGUUGGCACCUGGGCUGUGAGGAAAAACAAUGAGAAUCAUGCUCCGUUUGAUAAUAAUAGUAAGAGCGACACAGAGAAGAAAAGCGAUGCAGCCUCAGAUGAAGGUUUGUCUGAAAAAGAAGCUGCUGCUUUCUUCAACCCUCUGUACCAAAUGAAGUUCCCUUCCAGAACAUUUGUAAGGGAUAGCUUCAAAAAGUCACAGAAGGAAGAGAGUGAUACCACUGGAUUAUUAGAUUCAACAAAUGAUGAUAGUCUUGCAAAAUCCUACUAUUCUGAAACUGCAAGUCCUCGGGUGGAGAAUGUUGAAGUUGAUUACACAAAAAAAUCUCAUAUACAGCAAUCGAAGGUUACAAGGAAGGCAGUGUCUGUGAGGACUCGACGAGGGAUGCAGAAGUAAUAGAGUUGCAGAGAAGAGAGAGCUUGAAGAUAAACAGUGUUUCAUGAGACUGAGCAUGUUUUCCCCUUUUUCUUUGUCUUUUCACCUUUUUGUGAGUUAGUGUGAACUAUGUAAAAAUUAUUCUCAGUAUGUAUAAGCUCUGCUAUGGUG